CUCACAACCUCUUCUUAUUACCUGCAUACCUCGCUCUCUGUGUCAUACCUUUCCCAUUCUCGGUUUCCCUUCUCCUUCCCCUUCUCCUUGUGCACUCCUCCAUGUCGGUCGCAGUUUAUGCUCCGACGGCCUCAAGUGUCUUUGUCCGAACCAAUCUCAUCUCAGCCUUCUUCACUCGUACAAUCUGCCUGAACCAAGUCCCACUAAACUUCCCAUCCCUGUCCGUUUAAGAAGUUCCUUAUUGCUACCAGUGGUAAGCCGUCAGGAUACUUCUAUUUUGAAACAAGGCCUUUCUCUUUCCCUCUCCCUCUCCCUCUGUGCAUACAUCUCUGUUGCCCUGCCACCAUGGCUGUCACCGAGUCUGGCUUCUUCGAGUAUCCCUUCUCCAGAACACGUUCGUUGUUUCGCUCUCAAUCGACUCAGGCCAAACCCUCUCCUCAUCGUCGAGAUCGGUCUCUCCAACCAUCCUCACUUAAGAGUUUCGAUACCCAAUCUCGGGCUACGAGUCAAUCGUCGAAGCACCCUGGAUCGACUUCGUCAUUGUCGCCCAGGUCUUUGUCUUCUCCAAAGAAACAAACAAAGAGGGGGAUCAAGCAUACCCGCAAGACGACCAUCAUUCGUGCUGUGCCUCCAGGCAGUUCUUCUAUAACUACCUCUCUCUCCACUCUGGAAAGAGAUAUGGCAACGCUUCCUAACGAGGAAAUUCUUUCAGCAAUUAGUGGUUCAGGUUGGCAAUCGCCCGCGACCUCUCGAAGCUCGCCAUCUUCGUUACGACAUGCAACCUCACCCCGCCUGGGUGCCCGCAGUCGAAGCUCACCAACCCUUUGUUCCAUUAAAGCAGGUACGGAGAUGAACUUCUCUGAUCAGAAGAGCAAUGCCACCGGCUACGAGCAGGAUAAAUUCCAAUGGGAAUCUUCGCGCAGCAAUUCUUCCCUGCAAGAACGUCGUGCUUCCAGCGCUCUUCGAAGUAGAAGACCCCAGAUUCAGGUUGUUAUACCUCAACAUCAAAAGGAUCGCCCACUUCCUACCAGCCCAUUCUUUUCAAAUCCCAGCAAUACACUGAGCAGAUCUGCCUCCGCCGAACCGCUUUCAGUUACUGACAUAUCGCCUCCUUCGGGCUCGAAAAGACCCCUCGCACGCAAUUCCGCAGUAUCUCCUCUCAGUGCCCAGCAGAAACAGAACAUCAAUGCCCCGCAUCCUUCCAUCGACGCUACCAUCGUCAAGUCUCAGAUAGAUACAACAGGCCAAACCACCGCUGGUCCCCCGACCAAUUCUUCCUCCGAAGACUCCCAUGGAGACGACUGCUCCUCUACUUAUAGCCGGCGCUCAUCGAGAUCAAGUGUAGGCGAACAGACAUCUCCGAUGAAUUUGAAACCAAUUAAUUUUCACGAUCGCUCCGCAAGUGUGACUUUCUCAAUAAAAUCGCCACUCGAAACAGGGGUCUUUGUGGAUGUUGAAUCAGUGGUCACGAAGUCCGAAAACUCUAAGGCUGAGACCGGACUCAGUGUAGCAGCCCCGACAAUUCCACCACCUCGCAAGUACGCACCACAUGGUCCUAUCGAGGAUGAUUUCGCUUUUAAACCUACAUGCACGCUGCAACCAUCGCGCAACCGCUCAGCCACGACACAACUUCCACUGGAGCGUCGACCCACCCUCACCCGCAAGGCAACUAUCAUCCGCCGGCCAUCUGUAAGGCGUCAGUCUUCGCAGCGACGUAGUUCACGCAUCAGUCUUAUGAUCAGCCCAACAAUGGGUGUAUUAGACCACGCUAUCAUCCGCCAAGAGGUGGCAGACCCGACCCAACUGUUCGCAAGCCCUACGCUCAGUGAGGCCGAAUUUGACCUUGAAGAGGAGUUGCUCUCUACACGAGUCGGCGCCAACCCCUUUGCAUAUGAUGACACGGAACAUGAAAGCAUCUCUAUCAUUCCAGGAACGCCACCAACAGUUCCUAGGAAAUCUAGCAAACGCCAAUCCCUCCUCGCCGCCAACUUCCGUCUCUCUCGAGUCUCGAAUGAACAUAUUCUAUCGCAAUUGAGGCGCACCUCCUCUCGAGCGAAGGCAAGAGGAUUGAGGAUUGAGAUUCCCCGCACCCCAUCGCCCGUGGCGGAUGACUUCUAUCUUUCCCCAAUUCCAGUGCCGCCUAAAGCACUUAAGCGAACCAUUACCCCGAGCGUGGCAGAGAACGUUAUAUAUGGAAUUUUCGAACAACUCGACAACUUUGAAGAUCUUUUUGCGACUGCAGUCGUCAACGGUGGGUUCUAUCGUGUAUUCAAGCGGUUUGAGCUCGACUUGAUGAAGAACACGUUGUGGAAGAUGUCCCCUCCAGCAUGGGAGCACCGUGAAAUCUGUUAUCCCGGGCACGAUCAACACCAGCCAGAGGAUCUGGAGAAGACGCAAUCCAGGAUGGAAUACACGCCAAAUGUGUACAUCGAACAUCACAAAAGCGAUGUAGAGAUUAUCACCACCCUGAAAACACUGAUUGGCCAAAGGUUCCAGACUUUUCUCCGAACGGAAAUUGCGAACACUUUGUUCAGUCAGGAUGGCAAGGAACAAGCACGCAUAGAUAAUGCGCUCUGGCGAAUUUGGACAUUCUGUAAGAUUUUCGGCUGUGGCAAGGGACGUGAGGACGAUAUCGUUGCGCAGAUGGACUGGCUCAAGGGUGGCCCUUUGGUGCACCAAGAUGCCCCCACCCACGCCAUAUUCUCCACUGAUGCCCUUGAUAUGAACGAUACUUUGGCGAAUGCGCCAGAGUGCUUCGCUCUAGGAAAUGAAGGCGGCCUUAGUGCAGAGGAGCUCUUUGACAUGAUGGAACUAUGGAACUGUCUGGGACUUCUGCUCCAACCGAUCUGCAACCGUCGAGUCCAAGCGCGCCAAUAUGGCGUCUUUGACGAUACCGAGGUUCGAGGCGGAGAUAUUGAUGGAGAGGAGCUGAUGCUUGAUGAAUGGUACUACUACCUACUCACGCUCGGCCUUUCACCCAUCCUCGAACUUGUCGGCCCCUGCCAUGAAUCAGAAGCCUCCGCUUUUAUUGUGGCUCAGAAGAACAACUGGACUCAUUGGAAAGCUCCCUUGCAAGGCAGUUCCCGCCGUAACUUCUUCAAGGAAGCAGCGGAACGUGUUUACGAAAACAAGAUCGCCGCUGACUAUGCCGAACCAUCUUCGAAAGAAGUUCAACGCCAAAUAUCCAAGCAACGCCUCCAGGGACACAUUACUGAGCUCCAGCAACGUCGAAACAACGGCGAGAGAUUACCUGAAAUUCGCAUGAGCCAAGAGCGCCCCAUGAGUGGAUGGGAAGGUGUCAUGAAUAACUUGACUCGACAACGUCCUGCACCAUCAUCAAACCUUGUCUCACAUAUACCAUCAAUCCGAUCAUCUGCACUCGUUCUCAAUAUAUCGUCUUCUGUUGCCGAUGCCCAUGCAUCCAAUUCGCAGGAAAGACGCCCACGCUCAUUCCACCGAGUUGUGGCCCAGCCCCUCUUGCCGACACCUCCACCUUCUACUGUACCUUCUGUAGCAGACAGGAGCAGUACUUUCUCUAGCAUGCCACCCAUAGAGGAGCAUCCAGCUUUCCGACGUCGCCAUGAAUCCAUCCCUGAGAUGCCUUCCCUCGAACUCCACCCUGCGUUCUUGCAACACCGCCGGCAAGCGGCAAGUUCAAGUCAUGAAAGCGCCUCGCGAAGCACAUCCCCAAGCAAAGCUUCCAUCGAGGACCAACCCGCAUUUAAACAACACCCACUUCAACGCAAUAUUCUCGAUGGUGAUGCAUCCGAGAAUAGUGCCGAGAAGGCCGUCUAUCGCAUCGUCGAGAUGGGCUUUACUCCUGAUCAGGCUCGCUCGGCUUUGCGUAGAACAGACAUGGGCGACGGCCUUAGAGUCGAUCGCGCUGUUGAGCUAUUGCUCUCUGGUUACUAACCUCAUUUUAAAAUUUCACAACAUUCUUUUGUACAUUGAUCAUAUCAUUGAACCCUCUUUUAGGGUGGGAAAAGUUUCGCUUCCUUCUUCUCAGGCGUACUUGGUUAUUGCAUUGGAGCAUAUUUUUCGGCGCAAGGAACUUUACACAUAUCGUCUCUUUAUACUUUUAUUUCCUCUUCACAUUCCACGUCUACAUAGCGUCGAGAUACCCAUUCGUUAUUCACUUUUCUUCUGGUAUUCUGAACAGCAAUCGCUCGAGCGGUUUAGGAUAUUCUGUAAGCGUAGGAAGGAUGAGAAGAGGGACCACAUAGUCAGUCAAAGACAAAGCUUAGCAAGCAAGUGAAAAUAAAACAAAUCAAUAAAGAAUCAC